AUGGCCAAAAUGCUAUCUGCACGCCCUGCAAUCUUGGGAAGUAGCUUUGACAAACAAAUUAUUCCCACAUAUGAUUACAUGAGGGGUUUGUUUCAAUCUGAGGAGAAGCUCAUUAGAGCUAUUAAAAGAUUUCCUGACAUCCUCAUUUACAACAUUGAGAAAAAAAUUUCGCCUAAAAUUGAUAUUUUGCGAGAACAUAGAGUGCCUGACUCCAACAUAGCUACUCUGAUGCUUAACUGGCCUAGAACUUUUUCGGUGAGUCGGGAUAGUUUCCGAAAGAUUGCGGAGAAGGUUGAGGACAUGGGAUUUGAUGCUUCGAAGGUGAGCUUUGUUUUAGCAUUGCAUGCAUUUUGGAUGAUGGACGAGUCAAAGUGGCAAAGCAAGAUUAAAGCGUUUAAGAAGUGGGGUUGGUCUGAAGAUGAGAUUUUGAAAGCCUUUAAAAAGAGUCCUUGGUGCAUGAUGGUAUCUGAGGAUAAGCUUAUGGCAUCUAUGGAUUUCCUCAUCAACCAAAUGGGUUGGAAGCCCUGCCUUAUGGUUGAAUACCCUGUAAUCUUUACUGUGAGCUUAAAGAAGAGAAUAGUCCUGAGGUGCUCGGUUUUUCAAUAUUUGUUGUCGGAAGGUUUGGUGGAGGAGGUCAGCAUUGAUACGUUAUUGAAAGUUCCGGAGGAGAAGUUUUUGCAAAAAUUCAUUGCGCCUUAUGUGAAGAAAGCACCAAAGCUGUUAAAGUUGUACAGGGAAAAAUUGGAUCUUUCAAGUGGAUCAGAGUGA